AAUAUGCUAAACGCCCACCAACAGUUGGCCAGGACCAGGUCGCGGAGGCCAGGGCAGGAACCCCGGCUCCAGGCUCCAGGGACAGCUCCAGGGCUGCUCAAGCUCCUCUCAGGCAUCCCCCAGGCUGAGCAGAGGAGGCCCGGGAGCGGUGACAGUGCGAUUCAGGACCAGCAGCCGCGAUCUCAGAGCGUAGGGCGGGCUGCGAAGAAGGACCGGACGUCCAGGGCCAGGAACAAGAAAGGGCAUGCUUCUGCCGAGGCUGAGGAUCUCUUCUUCCCCUGCCCUCGGAAACCCUCCUUCCCUUUCCAGUGGGCCUGGGAGCGCGUCGCCAGAAACAGUCGAGCUACGCUUCAGCCUGGCUCCCCCUCGGCCCCUGGCCAGCAUGCCCCGCUCUUGGCCUUGGUAUCCCCCAAGCACAAGUCCAGCUGCAAGUCCACUGCCAACCUCCUGGAGGCUCACGGCUCACGCCGGAAGACGAAGACUCAGAACGUGGAGACAAGUCGGCAGCUCAGAGCCUGGAGCUGCGUCUCCAUCCCUUCCAACCGAGAGGACGGCCGAGAGCUGGCGCUGCCCCGUGGGCAUGAGCGUGGCCUCCAGCCGCCUGGGAAGAGGUCAGGGUCCGAGUCGGAGUCCGAGGAGGCUGCUGAGCUGGAGGCCCCCAGUGCUGAGGAGGCGGAGAGGGGUCUGAGCCCGAGGGAUCUGCCCCAGCUCCCCAGGAAAGGGCCGAUCCCCAGGGAGAAGUGGUUUGCAGAGGCAGCGGAGGAGGGUGAGGAGGAAGAGCACAGGGCCCCCCCCAGAAGGAGGGCGGGGGCUCUGAGAAAGGGGUGGAAUUCCUGCGAGGAGGCCUCCGAGGAGGGGGAGCUGCAGUGGCAAGGGAGCAGCGCCGGCUCCGGCAACUCCCGAGGACCACGGAGGAGGAAGGCAAGGGCCCCGAAGCUGGAGGGGACAAGGGACCUGGAAGAGCUGCGGCAGCAAUUACAGCAAGACCUGGACUGUGGGGCUGGUCCCACAAAGCAUCUCUCAAAGGCUUUGCGGGCUGCCGUCCAGACCUCCAACAGGAGCGAGUGGGCCCAUGCCUCGGGGGAUGACGAGACCCUCCUGUUCGUCAACUUCCCCAACCGCACCUUCCACAAACGGCAGGCGGCCACCAGGAGCCUGCUGCAGGCCUGGGAGCGGCGGCAGCGGGAGGAGCAGCAGCAGGCCGAGCUGCGGCGCGCCCGGGAGCAGCAGGUCCAGCAGCAGGUGGCCCGCUGCCUGGCGGCCUAUGCGCCCAGAGGGGGCCGAGGGCCGGGGGCCGCCCGGCAGAAACUGGAAGAGCUGAGGCGCCAGGAGCGAGAGCGCUUUGUUGAGUACCAGGCCGAGCUGCAGGGCAUCCAGCACAGGGUGCAGGCCCGGCCCUACCUGUUCCAGCAGGCCAUGCAGGCCAAUGCCCGGCUCACCGUGACCAGGCGUUUCUCCCAGGUGCUGUCGGCCCUGGGCCUGGAUGAGAAACAGCUGCUGGCUGAGACAAGCAAGGGCACCUCCAGGAAACCCAGGAGGCAUAGGUCAACAGAGAGAGUGGAGCGCUGUUCUCAAAGCCCCCCAAGGACAGAAUCCGUCGGCAGCCAGCCCGAGAGGCAGUCCACCCCAAGCCCAGACUGGAGAUCCAGUCCCUUAGAUAAAAAUUAA